ACAGAACAGCCGUCAAACUAUUUCCCUUAACGAAAUUAUCAACAAUGUAAAAAAUUAAAUUUAUUUCAUUUCAUACACUUUUCAAUAGUUUCCACUUUAAUUUUAAGUCGCAGAUUUUAUCAUGUCACUAACCAGUGCAGCUGGUUUAGUGAUAUUUCGCUACACAAAUAAAGUAAUACAGUUUCUCCUAUUGCAAACUUCAUACGGCCAACAUCAUUGGACACCACCGAAAGGUCAUGUUGAUCCUGGUGAAUCGAAUUGGGUAACAGCUUUGAGAGAAACUAAGGAAGAAGCAGGAUAUUCAGAGAAUGAUUUAGAAAUCUAUAAAGAUAUAUCUUACACACUUAACUAUGAAGUCAAUCAAAAACCAAAAUGCGUUAUAUACUGGUUAGCUAAGCUGAAAAAACCAGAACAAAAUGUGACAUUGUCUGAUGAACAUCAAGACUACAAGUGGCUGCCAUUACAACAGGCUCAGGAAUUAUCAGGAUUUGAUGACAUGAAACUAUUGCUAGCAGAUUUCCAUGAAAAAGCAGUCAAGCUUGUGUAAAUUAAAGCAAACAAAAAUGUUAUCUUAGAUAAGAAAUAAAUAAUAAUAUAUAUGUAUAUUUAUAA